GAAGGAGAAGAACCAGUAUGAGUCAGAAGAAAGAGAUUCACUCUCUCUGACAACAUCCAAAAUGCCGUGUAAACUGCUAAAUCUAUGUGAGUAUGAAACACAUAAACUGGUCCGAAUACAAAGUGCAAGGCUGGGAUCGCUGAAAUGGACAUUUAACGGAGUCAUACUGAUGUUCAUCUGCAUUGUAAUGUUCUGGAACAAGGAGUACCAAGAACACGACUAUGUGGUCAGCUCUGUUACUGCUAAGGUCAAGGGAGUGGCCAUGACCAGCUUGCCAGAUGUUGGUGAUAUAGUAUGGGAUGUUGUAGAUUACAGUGGGCCAUCACAGGGAAAGAAUUCAUUUUUCGUGGUGACCAAUGUCAUUGUUACAAAAAAUCAAAGGCAAGGAAAAUGCCCUGAGGUCCCUCCUUACGGAAAAGUGUGUUGGACAGACAAGGACUGUGUGAAGGGGUUCUGGGAUCAGAACAGUCGCGGUACAACUACAGCUGUCUACAACUUUUCUCCUGAUCAUUCUCCUCUGUUUGUGUCAUCUCUAUCUGGGGUUCAGACAGGUGCAUGUGUGAAGUUUGAUGUAAAACAGAAAACAUGUGAGGUGUCUACAUGGUGCCCCAUAGAAACCAAGAAAACACCCCCCAAGCCUGCUCUCUUGGCAUCAGCUGAGAACUUCACAGUCCUCAUCAAGAACAACAUCAGAUUCCCAAACUUUAACUUCAUUAGAAGGAACAUUCUCCCUGAGAUGACGGACAGCUACCUGAAGCACUGCCAAUUUAACAGGCGUACAGACCCCUGGUGCCCCAUCUUCCGCCUCGGGGACAUUGUGCAGGAGGCCAGAGAGAACUUCUCAGAGAUGGCAGUUGAGGGUGGCGUCAUUGGGAUCCAAAUUAAGUGGGAUUGUAAUCUGGACGGGUUCUUGCGGAACUGUCUGCCCAAAUACUCCUUCCGCCGGAUGGAUGAGAAGGAGAGCAACAGAACUCUGUACCCUGGUCUCAACUUCAGGUUUGCUCGAUAUCAGACAGAAAAAGGUGUUGGGGAGAGGACCCUGUUUAAAGCGUUUGGGAUCAGGUUUGAUGUCAUGGUAUUUGGAAAGGCAGGUAAAUUCAGCAUAAUCCAACUGAUCAUCUAUAUUGGAUCAACUCUAUCCUAUUAUGCACUGACCACGUUAUUCAUUGACUGGCUCAUUGGGACCAGCUGCUUCUCUAAAGAAGCCAGACAGAACUACUCAGAGAAAAAGGUUGAAUCUGUUCAGGACAGACAACAGUGCAUUCUUUGUGUCUCGUUUGUGGACGAGAACCAUAUAAGAGUGGUGAAAAGAUCACAUAGGAAAAGUUUACAACAAGUGAAGCCCAUGUCCGUUCACCCAUUCAAGGACGACAUAAGGCACCUGAGUGCCAUGGCUGGUGUAUUGCAGAAAGGGCCCAGCAUAGACAAGCAGCCCCAGGCUCUCCCUCGGCCCAGCCGUCCAGCCUGGUGUCUGUGUGGCUGCUGCCUCCCCUCCACCCAUCUCCAGGAGCAGCUGUGCUGCAGGAUGAGCAGAGGUCGCUGCAUCACCACCUCCUCCUUGUUUGAACAGCUGGUGCUGAGUCGGCCCUUGUUGGAGGCAGUGUUGCUGUACAGGGAGCCUCUUUGUGAGCUGACCGAGGGGGAGCAGUGGACCACCGCCAUGCGCCACUGCGCCUACAAUCAGUAUAUCACCUGGAGAUUUGGGGCCCCACCCAGAGAAAGCCUUCCUGUCAUACCCAGUUGUAGUGUGUGGAGAAUCAGAGAGGAAUACUCCAGCCAAGAUGGAGAGUACACUGGCAUGAGACCCAGAAGAACUACUUCUCCCCAGUCCAGCCCUAACACAUAGCUUUAGGAAAGAGGGAGAGUCAGUGUUCUAGAAAGCAGUGUUCUAUAUAGAAAUCAGAGACUGGUCCUCAUCAUGCAACAGCUGUAUCAUGCAUUUGUACUUGUGUAUUUAUCUAAUCUUCCAUUCUGCAUUAAGGUUAACAUUUUCAACUUGAUCAUCAUUCUCACCUAUAGAUAUUGUGUCUAUCCAUCCCACUGUCUAGAGACCAUGAAUGAUGAAAAGGGCUCCCAAGUGGCGCAGUGGUCUAAGGCGUUGCAUCUCCGUGCUAGAGGCGUCACUACAGAACCUGGUUUGAAUCCAGGCUGUAUCACUAUCUGCCGUGAUUGGGAGUCCCAUAGGGCGGUGCACAAAUGGCCCAGCGUUGUUCGGGUUUGGCUAGUAUGGGCCGUCAUUGUAAAUAAGAAUUUGUUCUUAACUGACUUGCCUAGUUAAAUAAAGGUACAAUUUAAAAAUAUAUACAGUGGGGAGAACAAGUAUUUGAUAGACUGCCGAUUUUACAGCUUUUCCUACUUACAAAGCAUGUAGAUGUCUGUAAUUUUUUAUCAUACGUACACUUCAACUGUGAGAGACGGAAUCUAAAACAAAAAUCCAGAGAAUCACAUUGUAUGAUUAAGUAAUUAAUUUGCAUUGUAUUGCAUGACAUAGGUAUUUGAUUACCUACCAACCAGUAAGAAAUCCGGCUCCCACAGACCUGUUAGUUUUUCUUUAAGAAGCCCUCCUGUUCUCCACUCAUUACCUGUAUUAACUGCACCUGUUUGAACUCGUUACCUGUAUAAAAGACACCUGUCCACACACUCAAUCAAACAGACUCCAACCUCUCCACAAUGGCCAAGACCAGACAGCUGUGUAAGGACAUUAGGGAUAAAAUUGUAGACCUGCACAAGGCUGGGAUGGGCUACAGGACAAUAGGCAAGCAGCUUGGUGAGAAGGCAACAACUGUUGGCGCAAUUAUUAGGAAAUGGAAGAAGUUCAAGAUGACGGUCAAUCACCCUCGGUCUGGGGCUCCAUGCAAGAUCUCACCUCGUGGGGCAUCAAUGAUCAUGAGGAAGGUGAUGGAUCAGCCCAGAACUACACGGCAGGACCUGGUCAAUGACCUGAAGAGAGCUGGGACCACAGUUUCAAAGAAAACCAUUAGUAACAAACUACGCCGUCAUGGAUUAAAAUCCUGCAGCGCACGCAAGGUCCCCCCGCUCAAGCUAGCGCAUGUCCAGGCCCGUCUGAAGUUUGCCAAUGACCAUCUGGAUGAUCCAGAGGAGGAAUGGGAGAAGGUCAUGUGGUCUGAUGAGAGAAAAAUUGAGCUUUUUGAUCUAAACUCCACUCGCCGUGUUUGGAGGAGGUAGAAGGAUGAGUACAACCCCAAGAACACCAUCCCAACCGUGAAGCAUGGAGGUGGAAACAUCAUUCUUUGGGGAUGCUUUUCUGCAAAUGGGACAGGAUGACUGCAACGUGUUGCGGGGAGGAUGGAUGGGGCCAUGUAUCGCAAGAUCUUGGCCAACAACCUCCUUCCCUCAGUAAGAGCAUUGAAGAUGGGUCGUGACUAGGUCUUCCAGCAUGUCAACGACCUGAAACACACAGCCAGGGCAACUAAGGAGUCGCUCCGUAAGAAGCAUCUCAAGUUCCUGGAGUGGCCUAGCCAGUCUCCAGACCUGAAGCCAAUAGAAAAUCUUUGGAGAGAGCUGAAAGUCCGUAUUGCCCAGCGACAGCCCCGAAACCUGAAGGAUCUGGAGAAGGUCUGUAUGGAGGAGUGGGCCACAAUCCCUGCUGCAGUGUGUGCAAACCUGGUCAAGAACUACAGGAAACGUAUGAUCUCUGUAAUUGCAAAGAAAGGUUUCUGUACCAAAUAUUAAGUUCUGCUUUUCUGAUGUAUCAAAUACGUAUGUCAUGCAAUAAAAUGCUAAUUAAUUACUUAAAAAUCAUACAAUGUGAUUUUCUGGAUUUUUGUUUUAGAUUCCGUCUCUCACAGUUGAAGUGUACCUAUGAUAAAAAUUACUGACUCAGUGAUCAGCUCUGUCACCACCAAGGUGAAGGACAUUGCCUUCCCCAACAUCUCUGAUCUGGGUCCCUGUGUGUGGGAGUUGUCUGAUUACAACAUCCCCUCUCAGGUAGCAUCAUAUACUCAAUACACUUCAUCUACAGUGUAUCACCUUUUGGUCAGUUUCAGUUCAAAUUGUAUUUAACUGUUUUUAUAUUUGUGAAUAAGGGGAUUUGUUUGAGGAAAAUGUGAUCUUUGUCUGGCAGACUAACAUGAUCGUCACCCCCAAUCAAACUCAACUGAGCUGUCCAAAGCUCCCAAGCCAACCCACCAUUUGCAUGUCAGACAGUGACUGCACAGAGGGAUCCAGUGAUGUCCGUGGCAACGGUGGACUCCAAUCAAGUUGUAGAAACAUCUCAAGGAUGGUCAAUGGAAACAGGAUGCACUGGAGCUCAAUUUCGAGGGUCUGAAUACUUCUGUAAAUAAGAUGAUGCUGUCCUGCUGAAUGUACCCGUCAUUCGGCAGCUGUACCACUGGGACUGUGGAUUAGCCUGCUCCAGAAUGGUUUUGAA